UUUGGAUUUUAUUUCAUGUCUAUAUAUGUCCAUGGUGUACAGAAUGCUGGGUUUGUGUAUCCAGGAGAAGAAAUCCCAGAGUGGUUCAGCUAUCAAACUGGCGGUCAAGAUUCAAUCAAUAUCCAUCUUCCUCCAAAUUGGUUUAAACUGGGAUUGAGAUUUGCCAUUUGCUUUGUUUAUGUUGUGCUGAAUGGUUAUUAUGAUCAACUUAUCGAAGUUGAAUACGAAUUCAAUUUCAAAGCCAACACUAGUAACGGCGGUGAUGACCUUCUUUACAAGCAUGGUGGUGAGCUUACAAGAUUUUUUGGAAGAAUUAUUGAUUCAGAUCAUGUGUCAAUUGUUACGCAACCUCACAAACGCGGAGGAUUCUUUUGGCCUAUUUCUGAUGAUGAAUUAUUAGAAGUGUUUGGGCCAAACUGGUCCUCUAUCUGUCGCAACAUCACCGAGGCUUCUUUCCGUGUAUUCCACAAGGAUCAGAACGGUGUGAUUAUGAACAUUAAAAAAUUGGGGAUUCACCCCCUUAACAAUGGGUUUGAGGAGCCAAAUGUAGACGGGGGCAGUACUUCUAAAAGAGGGUUUGAUGAAUGUUCUUCUAAUCAACCCAAUGAAUACCAACAAAACCAUGACUCGCAUCCUCACAAUAUUUCCAAGAGAAUCAAGCUUAUGGGACAAUAUUUUUACCGUUUCUUUUUCAAAUGAAUAGCUGUUUUGGUAGAUAACACUAAAAGCUUUGAUGGAGGUCGGAGAGAGAGAGAGAGAACGCAGUAAGAAGGCUGAAACAGAGGAAUAAAGGGAGAUAAGGUUGACCGCCCGGUAACCGCAGAGCUCUUGGUUUGUUGUACAAGGGAGUAGAAAGGAGGGAAGAGAAACAGUCAAGAUCUAACGGUCUACAACUGGUUUUUUUU